CACAAAUUCCCAACAAUCCAAACACGCCCUUCUUCCUUCACCACAACUAAUUAAAUCAUAAAUCAAACACAUAAUAACAACAAGAAGAAGAAGAAAGAAGAAUCAUUAAUUACUCUGCUGCUAUAUCAAUGGAAAACACCUCUUCGAACCAGCCACUUCUUCCGGCGGCGGCGGCGGACGAUGAACACCAAUUAUAUCAAACGCAGAGAUGGUCGACGAAUUCCUUCGUUUCAUCCUUCGUCGUCGACGGCGAGGAUAUUCCUCCGAUCACCGGAGCCGGCCUCUUCUUCAAGGCGUUCACCAGAGAGUCGAAGAAGCUCUGGUACUUGGCCGGACCGGCCAUCUUCACCUCCAUCUGCCAAUACUCCCUCGGCGCCAUCACCCAAACCUUCGCCGGCCACGUCGGAACCCUAGACCUCGCCGCCUUCUCCAUCGAGAACUCCGUCAUCGCCGGUUUAUCUUUCGGCGUCAUGUUGGGAAUGGGGAGCGCGUUGGAAACGCUGUGCGGGCAGGCGUACGGCGCCGGGCAGAUCGAGAUGCUCGGCGUGUAUAUGCAGAGAUCGUGGGUGAUCCUCGUCGCGACGGCGUUCCUGCUGAUGUUCCUGUACAUCUUCGCGACGCCGUUCCUGCUGCUGAUCGGGCAGACGGAGGACAUCUCACGCGCCGCCGGGAAGUUCGCGCUGUGGAUGAUCCCGCAGCUCUACGCCUACGCGCUCAACUUUCCGAUCGCCAAGUUCCUGCAGGCGCAGAGCAGGAUCAUGGCCAUGGCGUGGAUCGCCGCGGCGGCGCUCGUGCUGCACGUGGCGUUCAGCUGGCUGCUGAUGCUGAAGCUCGGCUGGGGGAUGGCCGGCGGCGCGGUGGUUCUGAAUCUGUCGUGGUGGUUCAUAGUGGUGGCGCAGCUGGUGUACAUAUUCAGCGGGAGCUGCGGCGGCGCUUGGACGGGGUUCUCGUGGAGGGCGUUUCAGAAUCUAUGGGGUUUUGUGAGGUUAUCGCUUGCGUCAGCAGUCAUGCUGUGCUUGGAAACGUGGUACUUUAUGGCACUGGUCCUGUUCGCUGGAUAUUUGAAGAACGCAGAAAUUGCAGUGGAUGCCCUCUCAAUAUGCACAAACAUACUUGGGUGGACGGUCAUGGUUUCCAUGGGAUUCAAUGCAGCAAUAAGUGUAAGAGUUUCUAACGAAUUAGGGGCAGACCAUCCAAGAACGGCGAAGUUUUCCGUACUAGUGGUGGUCGUUUCUUCAUUCGCAAUCGGCCUUUUAAUCACAACAAUUCUUCUCGUCUUCCAAAAACAAUAUCCAUCUUUAUUUUCCGACAGUUCGGCGGUGAAAGAAGUUGUUUAUCAGCUCACACCUUUGCUCGCAUUCUGUAUCGUGGUCAACAACGUUCAACCUUCUCUUUCGGGAGUUGCUAUUGGAGCUGGAUGGCAAGCUUUGGUUGCCUAUGUUAAUAUUGCAUGCUACUAUAUUUUUGGCAUUCCUUUGGGUCUAAUAUUGGGAUAUUCACUUGACAUGGGUGUCAAAGGUAUAUGGUAUGGAAUGGUAACAGGAACACUUGUGCAAACAGUAAUCCUCUUUUACAUUGUUUAUAGAACUAAUUGGCAGCAAGAGGCUUCUGUGGCGGCUCAAAGGAUCAAGAUGUGGGGAGGCGACGAUAAAGAACAAGAUAUCGAGAAAUAAAAUUUUAGAAAAAGAAAAAAAACACGAGAAAAACCCCAGAAUUAAGGGGAUUUCGAUUUCUGGGGAUCUUUUUAAGAAAUUUUGGUUGACGAAUUUGAUUCCAAUAGAAGAAUUAUUAUGAUCUGGAUAGAGAUAAUAAAUUAUAGACAUAA